UUUGACACGUCUUUUCGGAAGUACAGUUUACAGUUGCGGCAGGUUUCUCAUAGCUGCUGUUAUCGUGACGUUUUGACUGCAAGACCAAGCUGUAGUUUUGGAAGCGAGAAGAGAAGAAAAGGAAACUGCAGUUUACAGUAACAGCUUGUACAAUAUGGAUGAGGUGUGCCCUGCAGUCCACAAACCUCUAGAUGUGAGAUGUAAACGUGAAGAGGAGAGCUCAGAAGAGAUGUGCGAAGAAGAACAGAAGAAUCCCACCCUGCCCCAGAGCAUCCUUUUCAUGUGUAGCAUGGAGAAAAGAAGGGCGGCCAUUAAAGAAGAGGACUGCGAGUGGGACUCAGCAUACGUUCAACAAGAGAGUGUCAGCGUUAAGGAGGAGGAGGAUUGUGAAAGAGUCACAGUAGACAGUAAAGAAGACCCUGAGUCAAUUCUGGGCACCGAUGUGCAGGAGGAUACAACUGUAAACAGCAUUAAAGAGGAGGAAGACCAUAAGUCAAAACCUGAGUGUCAGACGCUUUGUCCCGAUGAAGAGGUGCCUGGAUUAAGCCUUAUGUCCAGCUGGCACAGCUUCCUACAGCAUUGUUCUGUCCACAUGAAGUCAGAAUGUUCAAAAUUUCCAAGAAUAUCAAGUCAUUCUGGAAAAGAAAUGCAGCACAUGAUUGAACCUGUAUGUCUACACCUUCAGUUACCAAGGUGGAAGUGCCAUAAGACAAGACAAAUAUUGUACAAGAAGAUUUAUAUGUGUUGUGACACUAGAGGGCACUGUCGCUCCUCUAACCCGACAGACAGAUGCUUAAGACACCAGAUAUCCAAGAAAGUACCAGCUUCUCCUCAUCUCAGACCUCCCUUCGGCCCAGGGCACAGCAAACAACACAAUAUGAGAGUAUGAAGAAAUCACCAGGUGGAUCAGAGAAUAUGAUACCAGAUUCUUUGCUGAAUAGUUCUCUGCCUGGCAUAAAACUAACAAACACAGACGCAAUCAACGAUCACAUUCACAUACAUAAUGCAAGUUCAGCCACCUUGCUUGCCUGUCAAGAGCAGAAAAAAAGUUUUCAAGGCAAGUCCAAACAGAGAGAUCAGUGCAGUCGCAGAAGACAGAAGCGGUAUUCUUGUUUUAAAUGUGGGAAACAGCUCUCCACUGAGUGGCAUCUUCAGAAACACAUGCAAAUUCAUGUGACAGAUAAGCAAUACUGCUGUUCUGAAUGUGGCAAACAGUUCACUGUGAGGGGAAGUUUUUACAAACACAAAAAAAUUCAUACUGGAGAAAAGCCUUAUUGCUGUUCUGAAGUGGGAAACAAUUCUCAGUUAGAGGCCACCUACAGAGACACACUAGAACUCACACUGGAGAGAAGCAAUAUUCUUGUUCUGAAU